UUUUUUACUUCCCUUUUGUCCUCUCCACGCCCCGUUUCUAUCAAACACGAUCUAGGAGAAAAAAAUAGUAUUUUGUUGUGAAAUUUAGCUGCUCUUGUGAAUAUGUAAUUAUUUUGAAGACUUUUUGACGAGAUGAACGAAAAAAUUGAUUCAGCAAAUGAUGCUUCCCAUCAAGAUUCUCCGCCCCCUGCAAAAAGAUCUUCCAGCCAGGAGGAUUUUUUCAUGGAAAAAGCCUUCGUGCAAGCUAGACUAGCUCUAGCCGAGGGAGAAGUUCCUGUAGGCUGUGUUUUCGUCUUGGAUGAAAACAUAAUUUGCGAGGGAAGGAAUGCGACAAACAACAGGUUGACCGGUGAGGCGCACGCGGAAAUCAAAUGCAUAGAUAAAAUUCUUUUGAAGACACCGGACAUUGACUGGGGUCAAGUCAGUCUCUAUGUCACAGUCGAGCCUUGCAUCAUGUGUUCGGCGGCACUGAAGAUGCUCGGAAUCGGACAAGUAGUUUUUGGUUGUUCCAAUCCACGCUUCGGAGGGAUGGGAACUGUGCUGGACGCAAUGGAAGUGACGUGUCCAUGUCCAAAGCCACGGACAAUCGGCAAUGUGCGAGCAGAUGAAGCAAUAAACCUUCUAAAGGAAUUUUAUGCAGGGACAAACCCAUCGGCCCCUGAGGAAAAGGUGAAGAAGAAGAAGAGCAGACAAAAUGACAAUUAAUGAAAUCUAAUUUUAUUGGAACUCUGUUUAAUGAUAAAAAACGUUUAUGUAUUAAAAUUUCAUAGACUCACAGUGCACUUUCAAAAUUAAUGAAUGAAUAUAAUGAAUUAAAAUUAUCAGAUCGAAUCAGUGACAAUAAAACUGGAAAUUUAACAUAUCGAUGAAUUCAUUCACUUUGAAAUUUUAAAUUAAACAUUAGCAAGUGGAAGUGUUUGAACAACAAUUUUGCCUGGAUCUGUCCAUCUCAUAAAACGGAAAGAGCUAGCCAAUAUAUUUACAAUAUGGAAUGCAUGAACUAAUUCUAUCAAGAGGCAAUCGUGAAAAUUACUAAUCCUGGAGCAUUGAAGCGUUAAGGGUCAUGUGAUGCAAGUUGGGCGGUGUGUUCCAAACGGC